UCUGACAAACAACACUGAAGAAAACCUCAAGAAACUUGGAGGCCAGCGUCACCGAUCCCUUGACACCUGUUAAGUCUUCUUACACCAACUUUUCGAGAUGUCUUUGCUCCUGAAAGUUGUCAGAAGGGUUGUCCAGGGGAGUUGGUUCCGCGCUGGAAUAAUUUCGGUGGCUCCGAGAACAACAACAACAACAGCGACCGUCCGUUCGCAGAGCACCGGGGAAGAACCGGAAGGUAGCGUCGCGUACGAGAGUUCCGCUCGGCCUUUCGAAGAGAUCCCAGGGCCGAAGGGCCUGCCCCUCAUCGGGACGGCGUUGGACUACUCUCCUUUCGGUCAAUUUCCAAUAAAAACUAAGCUGAUGGAGUCAUUUAAAGAGAGGACGAAGACCUACGGGAACAUCUACAGGGAAAAAAUCGGCCCGAUGGAUUUGGUUGUCAUCAGUGAUCCCAAGGAGAUCGAGAGGGUGUUCCGCAAUGAGGGAAGAUAUCCCGAAAGGCGGCCGCUUGUCAGUGUUCAAAUCUACCGCGAAGCGAAGAAGCUGCCGGCUGGACUAGCAAACCUAACCGGAGAGGAGUGGCAGCGCGUGCGCAGCUCGGUUCAGAAGGACAUGAUGCGACCCAAGACGGUCGGCGCGUACGCCGCUCUGCAGGAUGACGUCACCAGGGACCUGGUGGACGUCAUCCGGGCUCUGACGGGGAAGGAGGAGAGCGGAGGGCAAAUUCACAACUUCAUCAACUAUGUGUACAGAUGGGCGCUGGAGGCGAUCAGCGUGGUUGUCCUGGACAAACGGCUUGGCAGCCUGACCUUGGAUGACCUUGAACCUGGUUCUGACGCGCAGCUGAUGAUCAACGGGGUCAACGACUUCUUCAGAGCGUUUGUGAAGCUGGAGCUCGCGGCGUUCGGUCUGCACAGGUACAUCAGCACGCCAACUUGGAGGAGGUUUGAGAAAGCAAUCGACCAGUGGCACUACGUCGCUGCCAAGUUGCUGAAGGAAAAGCUGGCUAGGAGCACAACCGAAGACGGGAAACCCGCGGAGUCAGACACAGACUUUCUCCACAGCCUCCUCUCCAGGGAAGACGUCACGUUCGAGGAGGCCAUGAUGAUGGCAGUGGACCUUUUGGCUGCCGGGAUCGACACGACGGGGAAUACCUUGAUGUUCAACCUCUUCUGCCUGGCCAAAAAUCCUGAAGCCCAGGAGAAGCUUUACCGUGAGAUCGUGGAGGUGGUCCCGCCCGGGCAGACCAUAGAUGACAAAAUAUUGAACAGGAUGCACUACCUCCGGGCCGUGGUGAAGGAAACUUUCAGAGUUUAUCCAACCGUUGGCAACAACCUGAGAACAUUGGACCGGGACAUCGUGUUGUCUGGAUAUGUCGUUCCAGCCAGGACGGUGAUCUUCAUGGCCAAUGACGUCAUCAGCUCGCUUCCGGAAUACUAUCCGGAACCGGAAAAGUUCAAACCGGAAAGAUGGCUCCGUGAUGACGGUGCAUCCGGCGGCAUCCAGCCGUUCGCAAUGCUGCCGUUUGGAUAUGGACCGAGGAUGUGCAUCGGUCGGCGUUUUGCAGAACAAGAACUGCAUCUGGGGUUGAUCAGGAUUGUUCAGAAUUUCCACGUGGGCUGGUCAGGAGAAGACAUGAAGCAGGAGAACAGAUUCAUCAACGCGCCGGACAGGGACAGUUUCGUGUUUCGGGAGAGGUUUUGAAGGGGGGCUGCAGGGGGGGGGGGGGGUCCCGACAACGCUCUGCGCUGAAUUCGGAAACCUCUUGAUUACGCUUUACGAUAAAUUCCAAGUGGCUGCAACGCAUUACGUAGAAUUAAAACGGCGAAUACGCUCUACGCAACAUGUGCUCUACGUUGAAUUAGAGCGGUCCGUCUACGCUCUACGUAGAAUUAAUGGCCGAUUAAGCUCUACGGAAAAGGGCAUCCGUCCCCCCUUUGAACUUCACAAAAGCCGAUAUUUAAGGAUAUCUGUAUUUAAUCUCCAAGCAGAUUCUGUGGGACAAAGGCAGUCUAUAUUGGCUGCAUGUAUCCAUUGGCCUCCUGUAACCAUGGUUACAGUAGGCCAGUAUAGACUUUCCUUGCCCCACAGAAUUUGCUUGGAGAUUAACCUUUAUUGGUGAUAAACACUCAAGUUAUACAGUCACGUGUAAUGCCACGUAUAAACAUAACAGCUUAAUGCAAUAAAGACACACACACACACACACGCACACGCACGCACGCACACACACACACACACACACACACACAUACAUACA